GCGUACUUUAUGAACCAUUCCUUGCAACGUAUAUUGUAUAAAAGGCAAGAGCUUCUGCCACGUACUAUCUUCUGAAUAAUAAUCCAGACACAUAGCAUCACAGAAAGCAGCCCAAUGAUUGUUCGUCAACCACUUCGGUGGCAGAAGUUUACUGUGGUGUUCUUUACUCUUACUUUUCAUGGCGGACACUUCGGUGCGACUUUCGAAGACCUGCUAACUGUGAGAUCAUGGCUUUGAACACUAGUGAAAAAAUAUGGAUCCAGCAACGAAGCUUUACGAGUGGUGCUGGCGCAUAUGUCCACAAGUGCAUUUACAAAGUGAAGUUGAACCUCUCAAAGGAAAUAUAUACAUUUCGACAACAUUACCUGUCGGGCCGCUACACCUACCAGUAUAACCUGUAUGCUGAACUGCAUAAACACUUGGAAGGACGAGCGGGACCCGUCAGGCGUGUGAGCAUGUAUCCAGGGACACCUGCAGCAGAGUACACACUUCGCUACUGGAAUAAGGAGGAGCGUUGUGCUCUUUACACUAUGACGCUCAUAAACAAGGCUACUUGUGUAAUGGACAUAUGGAAUGAAAGAAUUGGGCAGAAAUUUCCCAAAUGUUAUGCAGAAUAUUACAAACAUUGUAGGGAACAUUAUCCUGUCUACAGCUCUGACUGCAGAAAGGAGUGACUUCGUACGUGACAAGGACGGAGGCGGUCAGCAAGCGCAGCACUUGUGCGAAAAAAAAGUCAAUAAAAAGUAUAAUACACUCUUAUUCGCACGCACAACUAGUAUUAA